UAUAACGGCAGCUUUCUUCUCUCUCUUUUCUCUGUCUCUCACUCUCUCUCUUAUCAACUAGGAAUGGCGGAGACCUGCGGCGGCGAGGGGCGGAGCAGCGGCGUGAGGCAGUAUGUCAGGUCAAAGGUGCCUCGACUCCGGUGGACUCCCCAUCUUCACUCUUGCUUUCUCCAUGCCGUCAAUGCCCUUGGCGGCCACCACAAGGCGACGCCGAAGCUGGUGCUCCAAAUGAUGAACAUUCCCGACCUCACCAUCUCUCAUGUCAAAAGCCAUCUUCAGAUGUACAGGAGCUUGAGGCCUGGUUUGGCAGAGCAAGUCAACCAUCCACCUUCUGCUUCCUCUCCUUCGUCAUCAUCGUCUCUCCUCCUUCACAACUUCUCUCUGCCGGCGGCGGCACGGCCGGUAACUUCCCACCGGAAAAGAAUGUGCGGCGGCGGCGAAGAAUGUAUCUUUAGUGGUGGGGUGAAGGAGAAUAAUGGGAAAGGUGGUGGGGGAGAGGGAUUAAGAAGGGAAUGUCCGAGUCACAGUCUUCUAGACUACGUCUCACUCGGAGCUCAGCCCAUACCUUCUUCUUACCUGAGUCUUCAUCAGCCAGAAGUUGACUUUUUCAAGGUUGCUCAGCAAAAUGAAGAAAAAUUGAAGUCACCCUCAAAGAAAUGCAAACGUGAGAGUAAUCAAAAUAAUGGCGGAUAUGGAGGCGAGAAAGGAGAGGGAGGGUGUCACAGUACAUUGUCAUUGGCUCUCUCACUCGCACCACAUCCCGCUGUCCGUUCGCCGACAAGUGAGAUGAGUGAAACAAUCUCGUCCCUCUCUUUCUCUGAUUUAGGAGCUGUGAAGCCUAAUGUCAAUCUUGAGUUGUCUAUUGCUUUGUGUAGAGACUGAUUGUUAAUGUAUAUUCAUCAUGAUAAAGAUGAAUUGUAUGUAAAUUCAUUAGUCUGUGUUUUUUAAAUGGAGGGAUUCUGUUUUGACAUGUAGAUAA